AUGGGAUUCGUUGAAUGGAGUCAAAGAAAUGUUAUGUUAGCGAAAUGCCCUUCUGGGUCUCAAGAUGAGUCUCAAUCUUAUGGUAAUUGUUCAGAAUGUAAACAAAAACGAACUGCAGUAGCAUGGUGUAAAAAUUGCGAUAUAGCAUUUUUUAAAGAAAAUUUUUGUAGAUGGACCAGCGGAAAUUCUAAAAUUGAUGAAUUUAUAAGACAUACUCAAUUAAAUGCUAGUGAAAAUAUGGAUUAUCUCGAGUGCAUUGAAUUCGAUCAAUUUGAUUUAGUUGAGAAUAUUAAUAAACAAGGUGCUUUUAUUUCAAUUUAUUCUGCAAUAUGGAUGGAAGGUCCAAGAUGGAGCGUAGAUGAAGAAGCUGAAGUAUGGAAUCGUAAAGGCCCAAUUAAGGUUGCAUUAAAACGCUUAGAUAAUUCUCAAAAUAUGAGUCAAGAAUUUAUAAAUCAAUUGUUCAGAUAUUAUAAAUGCUUACAAAAUGGAGCACUUGCGGAUUGUUUUGGUAUAACAAAAGAUCCGACAUCGUGUUACAUGUUCGUUUUAAGAUAUUAUAAAAAUGAAAAUUUAUAUUCGUAUCUCGAUGAAUCUAUAGGAGUUCUUUGCUGGAGAGAUAUCAUAGAUAUGUUACGGUCAAUAUCUACGGGUCUUAAUGUUAUUCAUGAGCAUAAUCUCGUUCAUGGACAUUUGCAUGGAGGAAAUGUAUUAGUUGAAAGUAAAGCAAAUUCAAUUGAUGCCAAAAUUUCUGACACUGGAUUACAUGGACCUGUCAAUAAACAAAUAUCAUCCAAACAUAUUUACGGCGUGAUACCUUUUGUUGCACCAGAGGUCUUUGAUUGA